AUGGAAUGUAGACAGAAGAAAUGCCUCCGUCCAGCCCUUACUGGGCCUGAGCCCGUUACACGUGGAAGCACCCCAGCGGCCCGCCGGAUCCCGCACUGGUCAGAGGCGGGGCCAAUGGGCGGGCAGAAAGGGAGGCGCGUGCGCACAGCGGGCCAGGGAGGGGGCGGAGCAGAGGAAAAACGUACUGAGGACGGGAGCUGGCGAGGUUCAUGCUGGAGUGCUUCGCGUCUGGGGAAAAACUGGUGGCAGCUGGAAGCAACAAGGGUACCGGUGACCAUGAGAUCUCUGCGACUGCUCAGAAUUCCCUUCCUGUGUGGCUUGCUCUGGGCCUUUGGUGCCCCGGGGGCCAGGGCCGAGGAGCCCGGGGCCAGCUCCUCCCAUCACGGCAGCAUGGGCCUGGAUAAGAACACAGUGCAUGACCAAGAGCAUAUCAUGGAGCAUCUCGAAGGUGUCAUCAACAAACCAGAGGCGGAGAUGUCCCCACAAGAGCUGCAGCUCCAUUAUUUCAAAAUGCAUGAUUAUGAUGGCAAUAAUCUGCUCGACGGCCUAGAACUCUCCACGGCCAUCACGCAUGUCCAUAAGGAGGAGGGAAAUGAGCAGACACCAAUGAACGAAGAUGAGUUGAUCAACUUAAUAGAUGGUGUUCUGAGAGACGAUGACAAGAACAAUGAUGGAUACAUCGACUAUGCCGAAUUUGCAAAAUCCCUGCAGUAG